AUGCAUCUCCAUCAGCCUUUCAAAGCUCUGGUGCUGGCCGUGGCCUUGAUGAUGGCAUCAGGUGGGGAUAUAAAUAAACAAGAAGAGUACAUGAAUGCAUGCCCAGUCAUUCAAUGUUGUGCUCCUGCGCCUGGUUUACCAGGCAGAGAUGGAAGAGAUGGGAAAGAGGGUCCCAAAGGAGAAAAGGGAGACCAAGGAGCCGGACUGAGGGGUUUGCAGGGUUUCCCUGGAAAGGCAGGACCUCAGGGAGCAAAAGGAGGUCAAGGACCACAAGGCGAGAAAGGACAAAAGGGAGAAAGUGCAACAUUUGAUGCUCUUCAAAGACAAGUCGCUGCUUUGGAAAAGAACAUCAAGACUCUUCAAGCUGACGUUAGCAGACACCAAAAUUUUUUUUCUUUGCAGUGGGUCAAGAGUGUUGGUAAGAAAACAUUUAUAUCAACGGGCAGAAAAGAUUCUUUUGAAAAUGGAAAAUCUCUGUGCGCAAAAGCUGGAGGUGCACUUGCCUGUCCACACAAUCAGGCUGAGAACACAGCCUUGCGAGAAAUAUUGAAGGCUUCAGAAGAAGCAUAUUUAGGGAUGUCUGAUGUGCAAAUUGAAGGUAAAUUUGUGUAUCUGAAUGGAGUACCUGUAACUUACACAAACUGGAACAGAGGAGAACCAAACAAUAACAAGAACGAAGACUGUGUUGUAAUCCAGGACAAUGGAAAGUGGAAUGACCUGGAUUGUUCAAAUUCAGAAGUAUCAAUUAUUUGUGAAUUUUAA